AUAAGUAAAACUUGACUAACGAGAGACGCGAAUGAAUCCUUUCCCGCUGGUUUUCGCAGCGUGCAUAGUUGUUGCAUCGUCGUGCGGAACGUCUGUAAAAAUAUGUCUCUGUCCUGCUAAUGUCACUUGUGGGAGGGGGAGACAAAAUAUUAUGAGCGAAAACUUUGAAGAUAUAUCUGCAGCUUUGCUGUUUUUUGAUUAUCAAAUUUCAGAAAAUCAGAAUAUCAUUUUAACAAGAUGUAAAAGAUAGGAUCUCAUGAAGAGAAAAAUGAAGCCAUGAACACUUGCAGCAAAUGGAUAACGUCAGAAAGAUGCUGGUAAUGUUGAGAAAAAAGUAGUUAUUAUAGUAAUUAAAAAGAGGAAAUAAAUAGAGAAAGACGGAUGACAGAUUAAGCCGCGUAAUAGCAAGCGACAAGCGACCUCUUAAUCCCUUCAUAUGCCUCUUUUAACUCUUUUUUAUUUCUUUUACAUUCGCUUAACAUCUCGAAAUUGACGGAAAUUAUUUUCAUACAGCCAAUCGAUAGAGUUAUUCGUAUUAAGAAUUCUCAAAACCUAUUAAAGCCAUUGAUUUGAAUUUUUGCAUAUAUGUAAAAUGCAUGCCUGCUUGUCGCAUUAGGACUAGAUUGUUGCGAUAAAUUAUUUAUAAAUUAAUUUAUAAAUUAUUUUUUCAUAUUUAUUAAAUUCAUGUCAGUUUUCUUAAUUCCCGAAAAUAGACAAACCUAUUUGUGUUUCGGUACAUUUUCUUGUAAGCAAAUUAUAAACAAAUUUCUCACUACAAUGUUUAUUCCAUAGCGUGAUAAUUAAUCCUUUGAGUAAAUACGCAUGUGCGACUCUUUCAUUUUCUCUCUCUCUCUCUCUCUCUCUCUCUCUCUCUCUCUCUCUCUCUCUCUCUCUCUUUCUCUCGGUUCACAAGCUUUUAAAUGACAUUUUUAAUGAAAACGAUAAAAUAUCAUAUCUGAUAUUUUGUUCAUAUUUAAUACCGUCAGAGAUAGUCAGCAGUGAUCCUAUCGGGAGAUAAAAUUAGACGAUGUAUUUUCUGUGUGUUUAUUGUUUGUUGUACAGAACUGGUAAUAUUUACAUACGUUGCUGUUCCGUGGCAUUUUUUCUCGCGCAAAAGGUCAAAAUCAGAUUGUUGUUCUUCAUGUGACAUUUCGCGAUUUGAUAGCAAGGCUAUGCAUUUAAAAAACAGCAAGAGAUUCCAGAGAAUCUCGCGUUGGCGUCGGUAUUAAACUUUAUUGCACGAAGAGUUAAAAUCAAAUCGUCGAUGCACGUACGCGAUUGAUAGUAAGCAUUAAAAAAAAAAAACUAAGAGAUUCCAGAAAAUCACGCUCAGUGAUUGCAACUAACGUCAAUAAUAAAAUUGCAAAGUUAAUGACUUUGAUUGCACGCUAGAAGAAACGCCCACGUAUUCGUUCGACGAGGGAAAACGAUCGUUUUUAUUUCGCCAAGAUUUUCCAACUCCUCCUCCCUCCACACUCUCAUCCAGAAGGAUGCAUUUUGUUCGAGAACAUUUAUUACACGCGCGCACAAUGAAAGCACGGGGAGAUUGCGGCCACGCGAUCGCGCGGCAUGGCGGGGGGGAUUUAUUUUUGAAUAAUGCAACGACGUUUAUCAUCCGCUAUCGGCGAGAAGGAGAUCCGCCCAUUGUAUGCAACGCGCGGUAAUUUCGUUCGUUGGUGGAACUACUUCCCUUUUCUCUUUCGGUGCGAGAUUGUUCCGGGCAGUCGUCGUUCCGCGCCUUAUCGGGAUUCACCCGAGUAUUUAUGAAAUUAUUUCAAGAUGUUAACAACCAAUCCUUCCUUAACAUGUUGAUUGUGACGUAACGUGUUUAUAAUAACGGGACCAGCUGACUAGAAUAAGUAAUAUAACGGCGGAUGUUAAGGAUACAAAUAACAAAUUCGUGUUCGUUUCGUUCGUGUUGUAAAUUUUUACCGUGAAACGGACAGCGCGCGCGCGCGCACGCCGUUUCUACAUAAAACUACGUAGGACACAGGCUUGUUGCACAGACGUUCGAUACUCGUCGUUUGCAUACGUCCACACGUGGGCGUGGAUCGCCGUUGUUUACGCAUAGACGCUCAGCGACGAGCGUGCCAGGGAGCGCCGGGUGUUUUCCACCGGAAAUCUGUUGGACAAACUUUGUGAAACGUGGUCCUGCAAGAAAACCCUUGAUAAGGUGGAUGGGCAGGAUUUACGCGCGGCUGCAUUCACUGGGGGCUGCUGGAAAGAGAUGCUAAUCGGAAUGCCCCUUACCGCAUCGCAAUCUCGCACUCGCAACGCGAGUACAAAUUAAUUCCGUUCUUGUAUUACUUUAUAUGUAUAAUUAAUGAUUCACAGCGGUGAUCUCGAGACGACUUGGCGUCGUUGUUACGCGAUAAACCAAGGAAGUCGCACUCGCGUGAUCGUGUCACCUUUUUAUUCUCAUGAGCGUAACGGUUCUCGCUGAUUGGCGUGUGCGGUCGACAUAUGCGUGACAGAAUGGUUUACCGAAGUUUAUUGUCCCAUAAGUUUAUUAUACUUACUAAGCACCGAGCGGCGAGAGCUCAUACUCGUAUGGUCACCGCGUCUUCAUUUUCUUUUAUGUAAUUUCCGUUUCUCCCCCAUACGUUUUUAUUUCAUUGAACUCUGUUCUCCCUUCGUAUCACGUUAUAAUUGUUUCUAUGUGCUUUUACCUUUUUCUUUCUUUUAUUUACUCUAUUUUCUUCAUCUCUGCGUUUUCACAUAUUUCUUUACAUAUUUCUUUAAAAUUGUUUUACAUUACCGGACCAUACACGUGUUAUUUAUAAUAUAAAGACUCAAGUUCUUUACGGUUAUCCAUGCAAGUUCCCGGAGUAAACUGUUAGUACCAAACUCUAUAAUUGAGUUGACGCACGUUCUUUUGCGUUUUCUGCUACCGUGCUCGCACUUAUCCGGAUAAACUUAUAUUUAUCCGUUUACACACCGGUUUACCGGCGAAAAGUCUAUCCGGUCUGGUCUGGCCGCGACUGUGCAGAUGCAACAAGUGGUCGGCCGUGCUCUUCCGCUUUUCUUUCCGCGGGUUCGUCGAUAUUCCGACACGUUGGCACUUUCUCCGGCCGUGAUUGGAAAUAGAAACCACCGCCGUACAGUGGGAGAAAACGAGACGUUAGGCGACAAAAAUCUGUGACUACGUCAAUUUUCAAUAUCGAAAUCAUUUAAUCGAAACUUGGUAUCCUACAAAGUUUUUUUGUCGCUAAAUCUGAAUUCACUGCCAAAAAUUAAAAAUUUGAUAUAGCAAAUCCACUAUGACCAACAAAAGUGCAACUGAAAUGGUUUCGGAUUACAUUAUAUCCUCUAAAAAUUAAAAAUUCACUAGUAUGAUAUAUAUAUAUAUAUAUAUAUAGUAUAUGACUCUGAACACCACCAUUUAAGAUCUGCACAUCUCGUAAUCCUAAAGCUAUAAUCUCAAAAUCCUAUAAACCCUGAAUUCCAUAAUCCAAAACUCAAUAAAUCCAGACUCCAGAAUUACUAAUUCCAUGAAACAGAAUCAUAUAAAAACUUUACAAUGUUGAAUCACAUAUUUACACUUUCUAAGGUAAAGUUAUAACCAUAAAACUUAUAAAAUAAAUAAGAUGUAGUUAGAGAUUUUUGUCGCCUAACGUCUCGUUUUCUCCCUCUGCCGCGUCGACCGGUGAUUGCAAAAGAAACACGCGAGGGUAAACGACAUCAACUCCGUGUCACGUGGCACCGAUUAGAAAAUAUAUUUCGCGAGAAGUCGCCGCGAUUACGAGCGAAGGAAUCCGUCAAUGUUCCGUGCUAUUUCGAGAAAUAUCGUUAAGAAAACGCGGCUAAUUAUCGCGUUUGCUGGCGCAUAACAUGUAAUUUGUAUGAGGGAAAAGGUGUCCUUAAAAGGCAAAUGAUGUUUGGCGAUAUUACAGUUUUAUAAACUACAGCUCGUAUCUAAUUUUCCCCUUAUCGCUCGGAAUGUAUAAUGUAUAAUAAAAUCCAACGUAUAUCUCUCGCAAUUUUCAUUUCGCAUUGUGUCUGCGCGUAAAUAAAAAAUCCACUUGUAAAUAUCGAUAUCGCGGUUAUUUAUUCGCGUUCCGUAAUUAUCGCGGCGAGAAUCAAUCGUGGUGCCCUCGCCGAGCAAAAAUAGCAGCAGAAACUUCAUCGCUGCGCGCGCUGUACAAAGUCAGACGUUCUCCCCCGAUAACGUGAGAGCUCUCGCGGGAUCUGCUGUUAUUAUUCGCAGACGGAUCCGACCGGGGGUUAUCGUAUCCGAGCGUGAACGCCUUUGCGCGCGGAUUGUGAAAUCCGUCGAUACUCCUCUAUCUGCAAACCACGUUAUUCGCGGACUGGGGCUAAAUCGCCGCUGGUUGUGUUAUCUCCGACGAUAUUGCCCACUCGCGUGAUACGGCAGUAUCGAUUUCCCGUUGUAAAACCGACGCGUUGCGCGUUGGCGAUACGUUCGUCCCGUGCGUGUGUUUUAUUUUCAAAAAAAUAUACGAUGGUUGCGAAAAAACCGAAUCGCGCGUCCCGUCGUCACGACACUCCCCGUGACCGCGCUUUCGUUAGAGUCUUUCUGAUUAACGUCUUGUUUGAGGAGAGGCGCUUUCUUGUCUUACCACCCAUGAUAUGCACGACGUGACACAAGUGACGUAAACAAAAUUUCGAAGAAAAGAGAUACGCCGUGCGCAAAAAUAACAUUGUAGCUCGUAUGUUACAACGUUAUCCCUCUUCUUUCUCGGCGAAGUUAAUAUAAAAGUGUUACGAGCGGCAACGCUAUAUUUUCCAAAACGACAUUGCCGCACGGAACUUGAAAUUCCUGCGAUUCAGUAUUUUUGCGAUAUGACGCCCGCGUCCUUAACGCAAGCUUUAUUAACUGCUGCAACCUCGUGAGAUUCGAUGACGUUUCUUUACCCUUCUUGUUUCAAUUUCGCUUGCUUUCUGGGAUGGCCCUCGAUAUCGUCUAUUUUCGGAGAUCGGCCCACGUCACGCGGAAUAUUUUUGCAACUGGACCGCUUUGCGUGUCGGACAUUUAUUUUCGAAGAUUGGAGCGAGAGGAACGUCGACAUAAAGAAAUUACAGAUCCAUACGCCAUGAAGUUUCCAGAUUAUACGUUUUUGGACUUGCAAUUGGAACUCGAUCAAACCGUUUUCCGAAACCGUUCGACGUUUUGCGUGGAGAUAAAGCCGAAGCAGGGAUACUUACAAGAGAUGGAGCAGAGAUUUUCUGGAUGUCCGUAUUGUCUCAACCAGUACGCCAAGUUGCGGAGAAAGAGCAUUGCCGCUCGCAGCAAUUACUGCCCGUUUGACCUAUUUUCUGGGACGGAGACGCGAAUGAAAACCGCCGUGGAGGCGCUUUUAAAAUCGCCGCAGAACAAUUUGAAAAUCUUUAAAGAUAGCUUCGUCGUCUACGAUGAAACGUCCUCGCCAAACGAUCUCGAAAAUGUGCUGGACGAGUGGUUUGGGAAUGCGGCGACGGAGAACGACGGACGAGCCCACCGCAUCGACGAAUUCUGCAAAUUGGUUUGUGCUGCCCUUACGCAGCCUAUCGCACAAGAGCAGCUGAAACUGCCAGCCACCUCCCUUUCACGUAAUUUUAUCCUACCCGCGAAUCAAGCUCCAACAACAUUUUGCGUCACACCACGCGCAGUCAUGAGAGCCAAACGGUGCCUUCGCCUCGCAGGAAAGAAAUGUAAUUUUAAUGGCAAGGAAUUGCCGAAGAACUCAGUGCUAGAGCGAAUAUGGAAUAUGCAGCGAUUGUCUUACGUAAACAUCAAUUAUAUUUACGGCAUCUAUUCCAAAUUCGCAUCGCUAUUAAAUAACGAUAUGAUAUAUUCUGACUUGACAAAAUUAAACAAAAUUAGUAACGUUUUUCACACUUCACUCAGCAAACCUACGAACAUAGUCCAGAAAAUAGAGAUUAUGAAGGAAAAAGAUUUUCAAACGCUUCUUAAGAGCUCUAUUACACAAGAAUAUGAUGACGAGUUUAAUGGAAAUUGUAGUACCAGUUCAGAGUGUAUCUUAUCUGCUAAUGCCGACAAAAUGCUUGUGAAUGGUGGUGUAUCGCAAACAGAAAUUAGUUCCAACCUAGAUUCGCACCAACCAUUUUAUGGAAAUAAGAGUCUGCAUAACCAAAGAACUAGCAACGAUGAUGACGAGCGAAAGGCAAAUAUGCAGAUUACCGCCGAACAUUUAUCAGCGUUGCAAAAUUACCUUUUAUUUGUCACGGCUAGAGAUUGCUCGAUAUUAAUGACCUUCCGCGAAUUGCAUCCGAAAGAUGCAUCAAGAAUGCCUGAGAAAAAUACGAUAAAACUUUCGGAGCGACAUCACUUUUUAAGCAGUAUCAGAGUUUCGGACUUGGAUCCGAAAAGCGUUCAUUCCAUCGAAAAACAUCGACAACGAGAUGUGGAUAUUUUUAAAUCUGUGAUUUCUUUAUUAGAAGAAGAUAUUUUAAAUAGUUAUCUAAAAGAGAAUAAAUAGUUAUCUACAAGAAAAAAGCAAUGCUACCAAAGAUAUAAUUUUUAAUUUAUGAUGAAAGAAUCUAUUUAAAGCAAAGGAAAUAUGUGCACUUAAUUGACGAUACAUUUACCGAUCAUGAAUAAUAUCAUUUUUUAAUGCAAAGGUAUCUGUCUGGCAUUCGUAAAAAAGAUAUUAAUGCUAUCAUUCGUUAAUCAGUAUGUUAAAUUGAUAAACAUUUUAUUUCCGUAUGCAUAAAAAAUAUAAAACUGUACACAUAUAUGUGUAAAUAAUUCAACGAUGAACAAACAUACUUUUAAUAAAACGUGCUUGUAUUUUUUAGGAUUCUAUUUAAUUUUUUUAUUUUUAAUUUACAGAUGAUAAAUAGAAAUAUAACAAAAAUGGAUUUUAAUGUUAUGAAAUGUUGACACUUGUUUGUAAACUAUUUUAUAAUGUACUGCUAUUGCUCAAAUUAUAUUUAUUAGUAUCAUAUUGCGAUUGUAUUAAAUUUUCAAGAGACAUGAGAUACUUAGAUGGAAUGAAAAAAUGCUAUAUACAGCAAUGUAAGAUAUGAUUUAGAAUAACUGUUUUGUUGUAUGCGUAAGAUUCUCGUGCUAAAGACUGACUUUUACAUGAAGAUGAAAUUAGCACAUUACUUAAUUGUAUAUUAUUAAAUUGAACUUGUUACUUCCUUAAGUAAAAUAAGGAUUGCGAAUCAAAAUACUAACAAAGGCAUAACACAUAUAUACACAGUACAAAUUUACAUAAUUUAUUUAUAUCUUAAAGUCUAAACAUUUCGCCGUUCAUAAAGAUAAAAUUUAAUGUUGUUUAAAAAAAUAUGAAAAAUAUAUUUAUUUUAAAAUGAAAAUUAUUUAUAAUCUGCAUAAAAAAAAUAGAAAACGAUUUUACUAUAUGAAGUUGAGAUUAAUAUUUUUUAAAUAUUGACUGUAAUGAAAUUCUUUAUUUUAGGUGUAAGAAAUAUAUUUUAAGAGUCAUUUUACUUAUUACUAAUGUCUUCAAUAGUGUGAAAGAAAUUAUUUAUUUUUUUAUUAGAAGAGUGAAUACAACUAGUCAGAAAAAGGAUGAAGAAGAAAGUAUUAUCAAAACACUAAAUAGACAAGGAAAAAAUUGAAAAAAAAUUCUGUGUGAUUAUCUUAGUGAUUAUCUUACGUUGAGUAUGGCUAACUGUUGUGACAUUAGCUCAAAUAGUAAAAUAAAUGUUAUUUAUCUUAUGUUUUAUUUUUUUGUGCCUCUUAGACUUGAUUAUCAAACAUGUUAUGUCAUUUCUUAAUAAAUAUCUCUGUAAAAAAUUACAAA